UUUAUGACACCUUCUUUUUUCUGUUCUUCCCUCCAGCUUUUUGCCAAGAUGUCAACUGUCCACGAAAUCCUCAGCAAGCUCACCCUGGAGGGAGAUCACUCCCUUCCCCCCAGCGCCUACGCCACUAUCAAAGCCUACGGGAACUUCGAUGCCGAUCGCGAUGCUCUCACCCUGGAAACCGCCAUCAAGGCCAAAGGGGUGGAUGAAGUGACCAUUGUCAACCUUUUGACAAACCGCAGCAACGAACAACGGCAGGAUAUCGCUUUUGCUUACCAGCGGAGAACCAAGAAGGAACUCGCUGCUGCUUUGAAAUCUGCCCUUUCCGGCCACCUGGAAACGGUCAUCUUGGGCCUCUUGAAGACGCCGGCCCAGUAUGACGCCUCUGAGCUGAAGGCAGCCAUGAAGGGCCUGGGAACCGACGAAGACACGCUCAUUGAGAUCAUCUGCUCACGGACAAACCAGGAACUGGCCAUCAUCAACAAAGUUUACAGGGAAAUGUACAAAACUGAACUGGAAAAAGACAUCACCUCUGACACUUCUGGCGAUUUCCGUAAACUGAUGGUUGCGCUGGCCAAGGGCAGGAGAAACGAAGACUGUUCUGUCGUGGACUUUGAGCUCAUUGACCAAGAUGCUCGGGACCUCUACGAUGCCGGAGUGAAGCGGAAGGGCACCGAUGUUCCCAAGUGGAUCAACAUUAUGACUGAGAGGAGCAUCCCCCAUCUCCAGAAAGUGUUCGAAAGGUACAAGAGCUACAGUCCCUAUGAUAUGUUGGAGAGCAUCAAAAAGGAGGUCAAAGGUGACCUUGAGAACGCCUUCAUUAAUCUCGUCCAGUGCAUUCAGAACAAACAGCUCUACUUUGCUGACCGGCUCUAUGACUCCAUGAAGGGCAAAGGCACCCGGGACAAGGUCUUAAUCCGAGUCAUGGUUUCCCGAGCUGAAGUUGACAUGUUGAAAGUUAAGAGUGAAUUCAAGAGGAAAUACGGAAAAUCCCUCUACUACUUCAUCCAGCAAGACACAAAGGGCGAUUACCAGCGGGCGCUCCUGAACCUCUGCGGGGGAGAAGACUGAAGCCCAGGAGAGAGGCUCCCCUCCAACCACUCCAAGCUGGAAAUGUGCUUUUUUCCACCGCUGCUGCUUUCCCUUCUCUCUCUCCCUCCCUCUGCAGACCUACAAGGAACCCGGCUAACUCAGCUCUUGCCUGCUCUGUACGCCGCCAAGCCUGGCUCGCUUUCCGUGUGUGUCUCCCGCCUUCUUCCCGCUCAGCUCCUGCCCAGUAGCUAGUCCUGUGGGAGUCACCAGGCUGAAGCAACUAACAUUCCUAAGAGAGGGAAGCGGAUACGACAAUAGGAUCCAUCACGAGGUUCCACCCGUGGUGGGGUCUGGUUGAAAGGACAAAUAAAGGAAGAAAAAAAUACAUGAGAUUUUUACUUUAAAAGAAA